AUGUGUUCCAAGUUCUUCCAUUCGACCUUCUCGAUUUGCUCUCCUUCUCUCACCUCUAACAAUGUUCGAUCUAUCUAUUUGUCUAUCUCAGUAGGUCCAUAUCUAUCUAUCUAUCUAUCUAUCUAUCUAUCUAUCUAUCUAUCUAUCUAUCUAUCUCAGUAUGUCGAUAUCUAUCUUAGUAUGCCUAUAUCUAUCUCAUUAUGUCCAUAUCUAUCUAUCUAUCUAUCUAUCUAUCUAUCUAUCUAUCUAUCUAUCUAUCGCAUAUGUUCAUAUCUAUCUAUCUAUCUAUCUAUCUAUCUAUCUAUCUAUCUAUCUAUCUAUCUAUCUAUCUAUCUAUCAACACAUAUACACACGCAGAUAUAUAUAUCCCAAUCUGUCCAUUUCUUUCUUUUCUUGAUCUAUCUAUCUAUCUAUCUAUCUAUCAACACAUAUACACACGCAGAUAUAUAUAUCCCAAUCUUACCAUUUCUUUCUUUUCUUGAUCUAUCUAUCUAUCUAUCUAUCUAUCUAUCUAUCUAUCUAUCUAUCUAUCUAUCUAUCUAUCUAUCAACACAUAUACACACGCAUAUAUAUAUAUUCCAAUCUGUCCAUUUCUUUCUUUUCUUGAUCUAA